AUGGGGGAAGAACAGGAAAUUGAAGUAAAGUUGAAAGAAAAGAAAGAUGAGUGUGAGAGUGAAUCCACUUCAACUAAAGCUAAAGCUAGUAAGGAAGCAAAUGAAGAAAAAGAAGCUAAAAAGGGAAUUGAAAAGAAAUAUGUACCUCCUGCACCGUACAAGCCACCAUUGCCCUUUCCUCAAAGAUUUCAAAAAGCAAAAUUAGAUAAGCAGUUUGGAAAAUUCCUUGAAGUUUUGAAGAAGUUGUAUAUUAACAUUCCAUUCACAGAUGUCAUUUCUCAAAUGCCUUCUUAUAUUAAGUUUUUAAAGGAGAUUCUAUCAAAUAAAAGAAGCUUGGAAGAUUAUGAAACUAUUGCACUUACUGAGGAGUGCAAAACAAGUAUUGAGAGAGCAUUAUGUGACUUGGGGGCUAGUGUCAGCUUGAUGCCACUUUCCAUAUGUGAGAAGUUGAAGGUUGGAGAUCUAAAACCCACAACUAUUUCUUUGCAGUUAGCUGAUAGAUCUAUAAAGUAUCCAGUUGGGAUUUUAGAGAAUGUGCCAUUAAAAGUUGGAAAGUUUUUCAUUCCAAUGGAUUUUGUUGUAUUAGAGAUAGAGGAGGAUGUAAGAAUGCCCAUCAUACUUGGAAGGCCAUUUUUAGCCACUGCAUGA